UCUCGUUUCUCGAGUGACCGGCAUCGGCAGGCGCAAUGAACGAUAUCCGGCUGCUGAAGGAUCAACAGCGUGAAAAACAUCCAGGGUUCGAUUCGUACAUCGAGUGCAUGAGCCGUUCGUUGUUUACGGGACUGGCGACGUUUUCGCUCGGUUUCGCCGGUAUCUACUUCCUGCAGCAAAUCGGUCAACGCUAUCUGCCGUACACGAAGAAGGGCAACAUCCUGGUGGCAACGCUCGUCGCAACCGGUGCUGCAUACAAGGUGACCUCCGAUCGCACCCGUGCCUGUCAAGCACGGUGGAUGGCCGUGGAGGACAAGUACAGUGUGUUGCAGGAAGCAGUCGAACCGAUUGCCAGCGCAAAAGAUUCGACAAUCUAGAA